CACUCAGCCAGCGUUGUGCGCUGGUGUGUUGUGCAAAAAUGGAAAGGAAGAUGGAGGAGAACAUGAGAGACGUCGACGCUGGCAGUGAAGCUGGAGGAGAGGAUGCCUUAGUGGGCAAUGUGAGCAAGCUGAUGGUGACUCCACCAGGAUACACAGGAGUUCCACGGAAAGGUCACCUUGUCUUUGAUGCUUGCUUCGAGAGUGGUAACCUUGGACGUGUUGAUUACAUCAGUGAAUUUGAGUUUGAUCUGUUCAUCAGACCUGACACCUGUAACCCUCGCUUCAGAGUUUGGUUCAACUUCACAGUGGAAAACGUGCGGGAGACACAGAGGGUGAUUUUCAACAUUGUCAACUUUAGCAAGACCAAGAGCCUGUAUAGAGAUGGCAUGUCUCCAGUGGUGAAGUCCACCAGCCGGCCUAAAUGGCAAAGACUCCCGACCAAGAAUGUGUACUACUACCGUUGCCCUGACCAUCGGAGAAACUACGUGAUGUCUUUUGCCUUCUGCUUUGAUCGAGAGGAUGAUGUGUACCAAUUUGCUUACUGCUACCCCUACACCUACACCAGACUGCAGCACUACCUGGACAGCUUGGAGCGCAGGAACCUGGACUACCUGCAGAGGGAGCAGCUGGGGCUCAGUGUGCAACAGCGACGUCUUGACCUCCUAACCAUCACCAGCCCUGCUCAACAGAAUCCAGAGAAGGUGAAGAAGCUAGUUGUCCUCACAGCCCGUGUACACCCUGGGGAGUCGCCUGCAUCCUUCAUCUGCCAAGGAGUGAUUGACUUCCUAGUCAGCCAGCACCCUGUGGCCCAAACCUUGCGUGACCAUGUCAUCUUUAAGAUUGUACCCAUGCUCAACCCUGACGGCGUCUACUUAGGCAACUACAGGUGUUCUCUGAUGGGCUUUGACCUUAACCGUCACUGGCAGGAGCCAUCCCCCUGGGCCCACCCCACCCUCCACGCCGUCAAGCAGCUCAUCGUCCAGCUCAGUCAGGACCCAGUAGGGCUGGAGUUCUACAUUGAUGUUCAUGCCCACUCCACCAUGAUGAAUGGCUUCAUGUACGGGAACGUGUUUGAGGAGGAGGAGAGAGUCCAGAGACAAGCCGUGUUCCCUCGCCUGCUCUGCCAAAACGCCCCAGACUUCUCCUUUUCCAACACGUCAUUUAACCGUGACGUGGUGAAGGCUGGCACCGGGAGGCGCUUCCUGGGUGGCCUGCUGGACGACACGUCUUACUGCUACACCCUGGAGGUGUCCUUCUACAGCUACAUGGCAGCGGGGAGCACGUCGCCCGUUCCCUACACCGAGGACACCUACAUGAAGCUGGGAAGAAAUGUUGCCCGCACCUUCCUCGACUACUACAGGCACAACAACUUCAUUGAUGACAACAAACUACAAAUCCCAAAUCACAUCAACAGUAUGGAGGUAUUGUCCCAAGGUCGACAGGGGAAUGGAAAUGGGAACGGGAGGACGUCUGGGAGUGAGAGAGGAGCAGAGAGGAAGAACCAGAGUAUCACAGGAGAGUACUAGACACCUGGCAAUAACAUACUGGAGAGACCAGUCCAGGCUGACCACUGUAUAAGGCUCCUGACUCUCAGCCCUACACUAUAUCCACACAGCCCUACACUAUAUCCACACAGCCCUACACUAUAUCCACACAGCCCUACACUAUAUCCACACAGCCUUACACUAUAUCCACACAGCCCUACACUAUAUCCACACAGCCCUACACUAUAUCCACACAGCCCUACACUAUAUCCACACAGCCCUACACUAUAUCCACACAGCCCUACACUAUAUCCACACAGCCUUACACUAUAUCCACACAGCCCUACACUAUAUCCACACAGCCCUACACUAUAUCCACACAGCCUCACACUAUAUCCACACAGCCCUCAUGAAAAUUAGAUGCAUCAGCCCAAGACAAAGGAUGCAAUUUCACAAACGGAUCACUUUUGGAUAACAUGUUAAUUGGAGGAUAUUUACCUAUGGAACUUCAUUAGAGCAAGUUGCUCUGACUGUAUGAAAUGUAUGGGACGAAUCAAGCUGACACAUAUACAUCUCACGUUCCAUUUGAGGCCUUCAUACGUCAUUCAUAUAUUUUACCACAAUGUGCUUUGUCCAUUUUAUGUAUUGCUUUUUAUUCAAAUGUAUUCACGCAUGUCAUUGAAAAUAAGUGCAUGUGUUUUCUCUUGUAAGUAACUUAUUUUGUGUUUAUCUUGCCGCUCUGUAUCCUACA